GUCCCGGUCGAUCUCGAUCGAGUUGACCACUGGAAAUCGAACCUGCACAAGGCGAACAAUCGAUUGCUGAAAUGCAUCCACGGAUGCCUCGGCCAACAUCCGCUCGCAUCAAAUACUACACGAUGCGAUAAUUGCGUGGCUGCCGUUGCGAUCCGGCUGGUCGGAAAACACGCCAUGUCCAUGUCGCAUUGGUCAGCGAUUGCCAAUCCCGCCAAUGUACAGCAUCGGCAACCAGGGCAAGAUCAUGCGCAAGCUCCUGGGCAAGCCGCUGCCGGACUCGGCCCAUGACGCGCAUGUCCACGCGCACUCUCACUCCCCUUCGCCCACCGCCGCCGCCACCGCCGCCGCCGCCAUCACCAGCUCGCCGCUCGCCCCCAACUACCGGCCGACCGCGUCGCAGGACGUCCUUUACCAUGCCGGCGUGCCCAUCGCCUGCCUCGACAGCUCGCCCGACGGCCGCUCCGCCGUGCUCGCCGGCCGCCAUGUCCUGAAGACUAUUACGUUCGACGGGCUCGCCGUCAAGGAGGGCAUCGACCUGCGCGCCCUGCUGCUCGCCCAACCCUCCCAGCGCUACAACACGCCCGCGUCCGUCGCCGACCAGCUCUCCGUCAAGGCCGUCCGCUGGGGCGAGUCGCAGGGCAACCCGGCCAUCUUCACCGCCGGCACUGGCGGCAAGAUUUUCCAGUACGACCUCGUGCGUGCUGGCUUCAUCGGCCCGGGCGCUCCCGUCGACUGCGUCCAGAUCCGCGAGGACUCGCGCCAGGUCAACGCGCUCGACAUCAACCCGCACCGCAACUCCUGGCUGCUCUCGGGCAGCCAGGACGGCAUCGUGCGCUGCUUCGACGUGCGCCAGCCCACCCAGGCCAGAGCCGGCGCCACCUUCCGCUCCAUCCAGGCCUUCCGGUGCCACGCCGACGGCGUGCGGCACGUCCAGUGGAACCCCCGGGACGGCUUCCUCUUUGCCUGCGCCACCGAGCAGGGCUCCGUCAUGAAGUGGGACAUGCGCAAGCCCAACGCCGCCGUCCUGCGCAUCAAGGCCCACGAUCGAACGUGCACCGCGAUGGCGUGGCAUCCCGACGGCAUCCACCUCGCCAGCGCCGGCGUGGACAGCAAGUGCUACGUGUGGGACAUGUCCAGGCAGGACAAGCGCCAGAAGCCCAAGUGGACGCUGUCGACCCCGGCCCCGGCUGGUACGCUGGCCUGGCGUCCCGGGCAAUGGUCUGCCACCGCGCGCGGGAAGCGGGCCUCGCAGCUUGCCGUGUCCUACGACGAGAGCAGCCAGAAGCGCUACGGCAUCAGCGCAGUACACGUCUGGGAUUUCGCCCGGCCCACCAUGCCCUACAAGGAGGUCUGCUGGUUUGAAAGCUCCCCCAGCGCCAUGCUCUGGCGCGAUCAGUACCUUCUCUGGACGGCCGGUCAGGACGGCAUCUUCAGCCAGUGCGACAUAUCCUUCGCUCCGAACGUCAUUGACCGUCAGGCCGUCUCGACCAUGACCUUCUCGCCCCAGGGCGACGUACUGAUGCUCCUCGACGAGCGGCCCCCACCUCAGCGGCGCCCGCGGCCGCACAUUGUACACCAUGACGCAGUCGCCGUGCCCUCAUUUAGCUCAAGUCCCACAACUCCCCAGUUCAGCGUCAGCAGGAGCGAUUCGGAGGAUGACGCGAUUGGCAGCUUCAUAGGCCCGAGGUGGCGUGGCAGCCGGCGACGUCGCCCUAGCACCCGCUCCACAGCCACGCUCAGUACGACGCCACCGGCUGGUCCAGGGAUGGAGGAGGUCAUGUCGCUCGAACAGACCAUCCGGGCCACGGGCACUUACAAACCUCAACAAGCCAUGGCGGUAAGUCACGUCCCCGCCGCUGCCAACGCAGAGGUGUACGGAUACUUGGCCGUCAACUAUCUCGAGGCGCUCCAUCGCGAUCUGCCUUAUUCGCCCGGCGCGAGCCCCUUGCCGGACCGGAUUGCGACGAUCCUCGAACACUACGCCAGGGCUGCCGCCCACGUGAAGAAAUUUCGGCUCGCGCAGACGUGGCGGAUCCUUGCCUUCGCCGUCGACAUGCUGCUCCACAGGCGAGCGCAGUACCACCUCGAGCGCCGCAUGGACCGGCACCAUUACGCAGUGAGAAGGAAGAGCGAGGCGAAGGCGAAGGCCAAAGCCAAGGCCCUGGCCGAGUUGUUCAGCGCCCCGAUGCAGACCACUCUCGACGGCGAAGACACGCCCCGCAAGGUCAUCUCUCUCACCAGUUUCGACAACGCGCUGCGCCCGAGGUCCUUGCUCUCAGAGGAGCUCGAGAGCACCUCCAAUGUGCCGACACCCCUCGCCCGUCCGGUGCCAGACCGCCCCGACGUUGACCGACCGGACGUGAGAGAACGCGGGAGGAAGCUCACCCCCAUCGUGGAGCCGGAGAGCUUCACGCUUCCUCCCGCAGCCCGCCCACCGUCUCUGGAAAGUCGUAAACGCCUUGACUCGGUGCCGCUCUCCGUCGCAAGCCAUGAGAGCGAAGCGACCUACGCAAGUACCGAGGGCUACGACUUCUACGAUACCGAAGCGUUAGCCAACGCUAUCGACGUGCCCCGCAUGCGAUCGGCCCCAACCCAAGUGCCGGAUUACAGUCGGCCAGGAUCGCCUCCGAGGGGAGCUCGGCACCAUCUGGUUCGCCAUGACUCCGGGGAGAGCUACGUUCACCUUUUUUCCAUAUCGGACGAGAGCAGACGCACCACCGGCCUGACCACGUCGUCUGACGGCAGUUUGACGGGCAGAACAGCCGAGGCUGCGGCGCUCGCCGAGCUGCAGAACAGAGACAGGGAACAGUUUGAGAGUCGCAUGCGGGGUGAUGAAGUCCGGAAUACGCCCAACAGCACUGCCGCCAUGUCCCCUCACAGGCUGCUCCAGAGAACCGAAACGGACAUGACGACCUUCACCGAUGAACAUCACGCCAUCACGCAGACAACCACCGAUAGUUUUGAGUCGCGCUUCCCGUCGCAACCGGAGCCCGAUGCUCUGCCCGAGUCUCCUCUGCAGCAACCCUCGCCUCCUGAAUCGCCUCUAUGCUUUGAAGAUGAUCAAUCCCCGUUCAUCGUCGAGACGGAUUACCUCUGCUGGCCCGACGACCACCCAUACCCUUAUCCGGCUCACCCAUCAACCGGCGCGGCAGCAACCCCGGCGACCCCGUCCUCCCCGCUCCAGCCCUACGACCUGAUAUCCCGGGCCUUGGCAUUCGAGGCUAAGUCUUCGGCCCUCAACGCCUCAGCCAUCGUCCUUCUCCUGAAGCCGCUCCUCCCAGACGAUGUCAUCGACCGCUUUCAAGCCAGCGCCAUUCUCCGCCAGCACCACUCGCGGCUCAUGAGCAUGAAGCUCUUCACCCAAGCCGCGCUCCUCCGCAAGCUCUGCAUGCAGGGCUGGCCCGGCGCCCCGCUGUCGCACUGGGGCGAGAACUACCCUGCCAUCUUCUCGCCUGCCCAGCAGGGCGUGCAGGCCGGCUUCGUCUGCACUGCCUGCCAUAAGCCGCGCGACAUCGACCGCAGCGCGGCUUCGACCGAGUCCGUGUGGACCUGCGAGCGCUGCCGCGCCGUCAUGGCGCCCUGCGCAAUCUGCGGCGAGCGUGACUCCGCCCCGGCCCUGACCGCCGCUCUCCCCCUGCCCUCACCCUCCCACCCACCGGCGCCGGCAUCCGCAACGGACCCCGCCCCCACCACAACAUCCCCCGCCAGCCUGCCAACAUGGUGGUACUGCCCGGGCUGCGCCCACGGCGGCCACGCCUCGUGCAUGCAGGCCUGGCACGCCGCCCUGCUCGAGCCCGCCGCCGCCACCGCCGCCGGCGAGUCGGACCCGCUCGCCGACCCCGCCGGCGCCGCCGAGCCUGCCGACGGGCGAUGCCCGCUCGACGGGUGCGGCCAUGCGUGCUUGCCUAGCCGUCGCGCUGCGGAGGCCGGGAUCGUCCGUGCCGAGGAGGUCAGGCGUGUCGUGGGGGAGGCUACGCGCGCGGUUGCCAAGGCUACGGCGGCUGCUGCUGCUGCGGCGGCGGCGGCGGCGGUUGCUGCGGGUGGUGCUGGAGGUGGAGGUUCUGGUGGGGGUGCUGCUGCUGCUGCUGCUGGUGCAUAUUAUGGCCCUGGCACAGGCGAGGUCGGGCUUUCAGGGCAAUUUGGGGACGAUCAUUUGGUGCAUGGCGAGGCUGGGGGCGCAGCGGGGCUGGGAGGAGGCGGCAGCGGUGCUGGUGGCGGCGGCCAUGGCGGCGGUGGUGGGAGGUAUGCCGCCGCUGCGGUCAGGAGCGACGGGUAUGACGUGCCCCAGAGCAGGGCGGUCGAGACGGUGCGGGAGGCGCUGGCCGGCGCGGCGGGGCUGGGAGGAGGCAGCGCGCGGGCGGCGGGCGCCGCCGGCAUCCUCAGCUCCAGCCCCGGCCGGAGCCCGGUCGGCUUGGAAAGGGAGAGGCGGAAGAGCGUCAAGUUUGUCGCUAGCCCUGACGAGAGGCGGUGAAGGUGGGUGGUGGUUUGCGCGGGAACUUGCAUGCCUGGCGUGUUGGUGUUGGUGUUGUUGUUUGGGCUAUGGCAGGGUGGCGGGUGUUUGCAUUGGUUUUGGCAUCGUAAGGGUAACGAAUUAGGCACUGUAUGUACAGUACAUGUCGUCAUCACGGGCUGCU